AUGACUAGAACAUGGAUGGUUUCUUCAACAGCCAUUGCACCCCGACGCUCUUUCUCUGCCUCAGUCUCUUGGCGCUCAGUUGAGACAAAUACCCCCAGCAGCCAUCACAGCCAAGGCUCACAGGAUAAUACUACAGCUUUUAAUGCCAAGAGAAACCCAGAGGCAAUUCUUAAGAAGGCUUUGACAUUUGUGCCAGAGUAUGGUUGGACAACUACCUCUAUCACCAAGGCUGCAGAAUCCUUGGGUUAUCCUGCUAUUGUCCAUGGCAUGUUCCCUAACGGAGGUGCAGAUUUGAUUAACUAUUUCUUGGAGGACUGCCUCAAUCGUCUUCCUCUUGAGCUGGAGGGUAGAAUGGAAGGAUUGGGAACGCAGGAAAAGAUAAAAUUGGGGACGCUGACAAGACUUGGAAUGAUCGCUCCCUAUAUUGACCGUUGGCAUGAAGCCUUAGCUAUCAUGGGUCAGCCCAGCAACAUCUCUAUGUCCCUGACUCAUUUAGGAAAAAUUGUCGAUGAAAUCUGGCAUCUUGCUGGUGACAAAAGUGCAGAUAUGAACUGGUACACCAAGAGAGCAUCUCUUGCUGGAAUCUACACAACAACAGAGCUGUACAUGACGACAGAUAAGACACCCAACUACGAGGCUACUCAGAAAUUCCUGGAUCGCCGUUUUGAGGAUGCUGCAACGUUAGGAAAGGCAACAAAUGAAGUAUUACAGAUCGCAGAAUUUGGCCUCAAAUCCGUCGUUGGUAUUAUCUCUUCUGGCAUCGCUUCUGAUAGACAGAUCUAA